AUGCCUGUCUAUUCGCAAUACCCUCCAGUGGACAUUCCCAACAUCGACUUAUGGGCAUUCCUCUUUGAGCGAAAGGAUAGGCAGUUCCCUGACAACAAGGUUAUCUACACGGAUGCCGACACCCGACGCUCCUAUACCUACAAUGAUGUGAAACAGUCUGCCAUUACUUUUGGCCAAGGCCUGAAGUCUCUCUUUGACUGGCGUAAAGGCGAUGUGCUCGCGCUCUUUACCCCUAACAGCAUCGACACUCCCAUUGUCAUGUAUGGCGCGCUCUGGGCAGGCGGUGUUGUCUCGCCCUCUAACCCAGCGUAUACAGUUGAGGAACUCGCGUUCCAGCUAAGGAAUUCUGGUGCAAAGGCAGUUGUUACUCAACUACCUGUUCUCUCAGUUGCGCGAGCCGCGGCGAAAGAGGUAGGCAUCCCUGACGACCGCAUUAUCUUGAUAGGAGACCAGCGCGAUCCUGAGGCCAGGUUCAAACACUUCACCUCUAUCCGCAAUAUCUCCGGAGCCACUCGUUAUCGUCGCACGAAGAUCAACCCGGAGAAAGAUCUCUCGUUUCUUGUUUACAGCUCUGGCACCACUGGGGUUCCCAAGGGUGUCAUGCUCAGCCAUCGCAACAUUGUCGCCAACAGCCUUCAGUUGGCUGCAGGCGAAGCCGGUAACCUGACGUGGAAUGGCGGGGCAGAUGGUAAGGGUGACCGCUUACUUGCUUUCCUUCCAUUCUUCCACAUAUACGGCUUGACAUGUCUUGUCCACCAAACGAUCUACAAGGGCUAUGAGCUUUUUGUCAUGGCCAAGUUUGACCUCGAAAAAUGGUGCCAGCAUGUUCAGAACUACCGUAUCACAUUCAGCUACGUAGUUCCUCCGGUUGUUCUCCUUCUGGGCAAACACCCUAUAGUCGAAAAGUACGAUCUUUCCAGUCUACGAAUGAUGAACUCCGGUGCCGCGCCGCUUACUCAGGAGCUUGUUGAAGCUGUCUACAACCGCCUCCACAUCGGUAUCAAACAGGGUUACGGUCUUAGUGAGACCAGCCCUACUACUCACACUCAACCAUGGGGUGAAUGGCGCGAGAGUGUCGGCUCGGUCGGUAAACUCCUCCCCAACAUGGAGGCCAAGUAUAUGACGAUGCCCGAGGACGGUUCAGAACCCACCGAGGUGCCUACAGGUGAGGUUGGGGAGCUCUAUCUCCGUGGACCGAAUGUCUUCCAAGGCUAUCACAACAACCCAGCCGCAACAGCAGACUCAAUCUCUCCAGAUGGGUGGUUUCGCACCGGCGACGUCGGCUACCAGGACUCCAAGGGCAACUUCUAUAUCACAGACCGUGUCAAAGAACUCAUCAAAUACAAGGGCUUCCAAGUCGCUCCAGCCGAGCUCGAGGGUAUCCUGGUCGAUAAUCCUGCAGUCGACGAUGUUGCCGUUGUCGGUGUCGAGAGCGCUGAACAUGGGACUGAGGUCCCUGUUGCAUUUGUCGUAAGGAGCGCGAAGAGCAAGAGCUCGGGUGUUUCGGCGGCGGAGGAAGCAAAGAAUAUCGCCAAGUGGCUGGAUGGCAAGGUUGCGCAUCACAAGCGCCUGCGCGGCGGCGUGCGAUUUGUUGAUGAGAUUCCGAAGAGUGCUGCAGGAAAGAUUUUGAGGAGACUACUUAAGAAGCAAGCGCAAGAGGAGGCGGCUUCUCCGAAGGCGAAGCUUUAAUCCUAAAGUGAAUCAUAGCAUUGCACUAUAU